AUGAUGGAAGAGAGAUUAUUAUGCAAAGAUUGUAAAUUGAAUUUCGAAGAAAAAUAAAAAGAUAAUAUGAUAAAUAAGAUCAAAGAUUUAUCAGAGAUCAAACAUUUUAUUGAUGAUAUUGAAUUUUACAAAAAAAAAUAUAAGGACUUUCUAAUUAAAAUAAGAAUAAAGGAGGUAGAAAAUUUUUAAUUACAUUUGCAAAAUUUUAAAUCAGAAAUAAUGCAAUAAGUAAAUACGCUCAUUUAUUUUUCCAAUUAAUGGAUUGAUGACUUAUUUUUCCUUAAUUAACAGUGCGAAGAAGAGAGUUUUUUAAAUUAAUUAGAUAAGUUGAUAUAAUAAUAAAAUAACAAAGAAUUAAAUUAUGAAUUAGUAAUAUUAUAAAAAAUUGAAUAAAUCAAUAAUUAAUGGAAAACUAAGGUAAGAGUCAUUCUAGAUGAUUUUUAGAAAUUGUCAGCAUUCUAAAAAUGUUAAGAAUUUAUUGAAGACUUUUCUAUAAAUCCUAUUCAUUAUUUUUAAUAAGAAAACUUUAAAUCUUUGCCAUAUAUCUCUUCAUAUUGCCCAUAAUUAUAAUCCACUCAAGCUAUUUUAUCUGAUUUUAUUGAGGAUCAAUAAAUAACGGCAAUUUAGUAGACUAAAAGCCAAUAUUUAUUAAUAUAAUAAAAUAAUAAGUAUAAAUCAAUCAAAUAAUUUUGCACAUUUAGUUUUAAUAAAGAUGAUAAUUUAAUUAUAGGAGGAUAUAGCAAAGUAAUUAAAGCGUUUAUAUUUAAGAAAGGAUAGCUGAAAUAAAUUUAAAUUUUAAAUGGUCAUGAAGAUUAUGUGAGGACUUUGAAUUUCUUUAAAGCGACAUCAUAGACUAACUUUGUUUCUGGAAGCGAAGAUAAGUCUGUUAGAUUUUGGUCAAUUAAUUUAUUAGCAAAACCAAAAUUUAUUUAAAAGUUAAACGCACAUUAAAAUGGAAUCCUUUGCUUAAUUAUAAACAAAAAGGAGAAUUUAAUUAUUACAGGUAGUAGAGAUACAACCAUAAAAUUUUGGAAAAGAUUCUUGUAAAAUGAAAAUUAAUAUCUAUUCUGGUCAUAAUAGUAAAUUAUUAUGAAUCAUUCUCAUAAUGUUUAUGAUUUAAGUUUAAAUUAGAAUGAAGAUAAAUUGAUCUCUUGUUCUGAAGAUAAAAAAAUCUUAGUUUUAUCAUAUUAAGAAAAAUAGUGGAAAAUCUACCAAAUAAUUACAGUUUAAAAUUUUGGGUACAGAUUGUGUUUUAUUAAUAAUAAAUUAUUCACAUUUCAACCUAGAUUAGGAUUAACUAUGCAUGUAUAUGAAAUGAAUUAAAAUAAAAAAUAUGAACAUUCUUUUGAAAUUGAUGUGAAAGGAGGAAAUUAAGAAUGUAGAAUAUUUUUUCCUUAAUAAUAUAUUAAUCAAAAAAAUAUUCUUAUAAAUAAGAAUGGUUUUCAUAUAAACAUAAUCAAAGUAAUAAUCACAAAAGAAGAAAUUAAAAAAUAAAAGGUAUAUUUUAAGGUUGAAUAAUCAAUUAAUUACUUUAAAGAUUCAACAGGACUUAUAUUUGGUUAAUUGAGUGAAGAUGGUAAUUAUUUAAUAACUUGGGAUGAUAAAACUAAAGAAUUACAAUUGAGACAAUUAUAAUAUACGUGA